AUGCAGGCCAUGCCGGAUACCCGCCAGCAGAGCUUCGACGAGAUUUACGGCCCGCCCGAGAACUUCCUGGAGAUAGAGGUUCGCAACCCCAGAACCCACGGCAUCGGCCGGUCCAUGUACACGGACUACGAGAUCCUCUGCCGCACCAACAUCCCCGCCUUCAAGCUGCGCCAGAGCAGCGUCCGCCGCCGAUACUCGGAUUUCGAAUACUUCCGCGACAUACUGGAGCGGGAGAGUGCGCGCGUGACCAUCCCCCCUCUGCCUGGAAAAGUGUUUACCAAUAGAUUUAGCGACGAUGUGAUUGAGGGGCGGCGCGCGGGGCUGGAGAAGUUUUUGAAGAUUGUCGUGGGACACCCGUUGCUGCAGACUGGUAGUAAGGUUUUGGCUGCGUUUGUGCAAGAUCCCAACUGGGACCGAAACGCAUGGUGA